CGGGCCGGGGUGGGAAGCGGCGUGUUUGAUCAAAUAACCUCGCGGCGAGUCCCCGCGUCCCGGACGCGCCACGCUCGCGGGCAGGGGGUGGAGGGGCGGCUUUUUACACAGACAGAUGAUGUCACUGUCGAAAGUUUUCAGAGGCAAACGGCCCCAGAGGCAGCGGCGGGGAGCGGCGGGGGUUUGCCGGCGGCCUCCGGCCCCCAGCGCUUUAGAUGAGAGAUGCUGGGGGGAGUGUCGCUGCCCCAAAACCCUCCUGCCCGCACGGACAGCACUGCCCGAAAGGCCGCGUUGGGGUCCCCACCCUGCAAAGCCUGAAGCACUUGCUUACCUUUAAGCGCCUGGAUAGUGUCCUAGAGCUCAAUGUGUCCUUAAAAUGAAGCGUAUGCAUAAGUGCUUGCAGGAGACCUGCCACUACUUGUUGUAUUUUACAUCUAUGUACUUUUUUAAAUCGCGAUUAAUUUUUUUUUUUUAGCCCCUGGACAGCAACCAUUAAAAAGAAAUUAAUUCUCUCCCUGGAAAGGUAGCUAUAAACUGGCCACGUCAACAUUUUUAAGCAGUCUUUAAAAAUAGUACUGUACUUGGUGAGGAAGGAACUUUCUGGUUUUUUGAUUCGUUGAAUUAGUUUGUUGUUGGUUGUUUUUUUUUUUAAAUCUAGGGUCAUAGUUUUAGUUGGUGCCCAGUCCUGAAUUAUUUGUGCACCGAAAACUCCAUCAACUUCUACUCCAUUGACUUUGGUAGUGAUUUUAGGAACUCAGGGCAAACAAGGUCAGAACCUUUUGUGUGCAAAUGGUAGCAGUGGGAUACACUGAAGAGGUGAAGGGGCUUGCAAACUUGCAUAACUUUUUGUAGAAUACACCUGUUGGAUGAACUAAAUGGCUCCAAAAGGCAAAAUAAAAAAAAAGAAAUACAAGUGCUGCCCUUGUUUGUCAUCACCAUCUUUGCAGGAAGAUACCGCUGGAGAGCAGCUUACACAGUUUGAACCAGAUGAAGAAAUUAAACUUUUGUAUCAGUUUGGAAGCUAUCUUGAUUACAUAGAAACUCCCCAAAAAGGUCAUGGCAAAGUGAAAGGCAAAUCCAAAAAGCAUGGAAGAGAAUGGAAGACACAGGAAACCGAAAGGAAAAAUAAGCCUGAUCUUUGUAACGGAAAGGAAAAUGUGGUUUUGUGUGAAGAAAACACUGCCAAUGACACUGAUCUUAAAAAGAAUAAACAUCUUAAAAAGAACAAACAUGAUACUAAAGCAAAAAGUCAUUUGGAUUCAACAAAAAAAGACUUUUGCUAUAAGCAAAACUCCUUUGUCCCCUGGCCAUUUGUUGAAAAGAAAGCAAAGAAAAUAAAGCUACUUCAAGAUAACAAAGUAAUUGAUGGUAAUGAAGAGAGCUCCAGAGAAGUAAAUCACAAACAAUAUUAUAAAAAUUCUAGAACAGUACAGAAGGGUAAUACUCAAGGAAAACAAAAACGUCUCUGCCUUCCCUCAUCACAUAAUUCUUUUGUAACUGAGAAUGGUAAACAUAAUGAAUUAAGUUGUAGAAAUAGUUCUUGGUCUCAGACAACUUGCAAACGUCAAGGUCUUGAUUCUACUGUGCAUUAUUUUAGUGGUGGAAUCAUAGCAGGUUUUAAAAAGCGCAGGAAAUUGGAUAAGGAGGUCCCUGUUGGCUGUUUACUAGGCUCCAACACUACUGAAAUAAACAGCUGCACUAGUAGUACAGAGCCUCUUUUGUCGUCUAGUCCAGCAGCUCUGGAGAUUAAAACUUAUGACUCAGAAGAUGAAUUCAAUGUGGAAACCCUGAAAGAUAAGGCAGCUUCUCCUAUGAACUCAAAAACUGAAGAAAUAUGCAGCAGCGUUGAUCUUAGUCAAGAGCUUUUUAUAACCCAGAAGUCUUUUUUACCAGUGCAGAUUCCCAAUAAUAGCAGUACUUGCUUAUCCCUCUACCGUCAAAACCGUGCUAAAGAUGCAAGUGUAGAAAGAAGGUUUAAACAAAAAAACACUACAGAUACUUUGGAGUUUUCUCAGAUGUCUUCAAAUAGAGAAACAUGUGAUGAACACAGUCAGUUUUCUCAGUAUGGUUUGACACCAAGUAGGGGUAGAAAGUCAGCUACAAGAGAGUGUGCAAUUCAGACAGAAGACUUUUUCAGCUCUCCAGCAUUUGCUUCCUCCUUAAGAAUGAGAGAGAGAUUUACAGAUUGCCAUGAACAACCACUGGACCUCAGUUUGCCUUACAGAAUUCGGUCGAGUGCUGAGAAUACAGGAAGACUGUCCUUGGGUGGUGCGGGUGAUGGUAUUCAUGUAUCUUCCAAACACAGAUUAGAGCCUGUGUGUCAUAUAGAAAAUCAUCCUGCCGGUCCAGUGUUUGAGGAGGAAAGAGAAAAUCAUGUGUUCACUCAAUCUCAAAAAUCAGAUCAAGUGAAAUACAUUCAGAUGCUGCUUAAUUCAUCCUAUUUCUUUAAAGUGAAAGGUGAUUCAGAUAAUAUAGUUUCUAGAACACAGUUAGUGAAGCCAAAGUUAGGAAACAAAAAAAAAAGAAUAGUUGUAGACAGUACAAGACAGGAGAAAUCCUAGCCGAGAAGUGUAUUAGUCUGAAUAAUAGUCUGCAUAUAGACACAUUCCUUAUAUAUAUUUUUCAAAGUGAUUUUUAAUUUCAAAGAUUGCUUUAUUCAUUAUUUCAGAACAGCAGAAGAUAGCAGGUAGGCUGGAAAGAAGUACACUUGAAAUUUAUAGCAGGUAAAGUGUUAAUUUACUUUACUGAAUUCAACCUUCACACUGGGCCUUUUCCCCACAGUAACUUGCAUAUACACCAUCUGUGCUGCUUAUCUAUUUUCACCUAUCACCUGUUAAACUACACUCGUGUUGUAGCUUUAACUUUGGACAAAGUAAUCCUGUGUAUUAUGUAUGUUGUGAGAACAUAUCUUCUCGUAAAACUUUUAAGUGAAUAGUUUAAUGAGAUCGUCAAAUGAAUCAUAUGCUACUCAGUUACUAUGUUGUUCUAUGUUAGGGUUAGCUGUCGUCUAAUUCUGUAAUUUAAAAGUAAGUUGUUUUAUUUCCCCAAAAUUUAUACUACAUAAUUCAAAUAAAUAGGGAAGGUGUUUAAUCAAACAUUACAAAGAAAAAAAUCUGGAUGAUGUCUUUUUUUUUUUAAUUGGUGCACCUAAAGCAGCACCUGUAAUGGUGAGCAAGCAGGUGUCAUGAAAAAGACACAACUAUGCAUCUUCUGGUGAAACAAUGACACCUUCAGGUCCUGACCUACUCUAUUGUGGAGUAGGUCAGGUAAUAUUUUUUUGUUUCCCUUUUCUAGACAUACCUGGCAAGCUUACACUUAUCUAGAAAUGUGCAAAAUACUGGUUGUUCUGGGUUGCCUCAAUCAAAUGCAGUACUGUUCAGAUUUUUUUGGUGUCUACUUGACUUCGGAUUUUUUGUUUUUAUUCUUACACUUAAACCUCCAGGUCUCAGAGCAUGAGAAAUAAACAUUGUUUUAAAAAUUAAAACUUAUGUAAUAGUCUUCCAGAUGACAGAGGUAUUAAGAAAAAUAGUUCACUGUGUUAAUUAUCCUUCAUACUUAUGUGGUAGAUUAUAUAUUCAGCAUACAUAUGUUCUAAAAGUUAAUUAUAACAAUUUUAUAGCAUUUUAAAUUAAAUAUUGCCUUUUAUUAAACAAAACUGUUCUUUACUGUGACUGUAGAAGAUGGUAUUUUUGAAGGUGACAGAAAGCGCUAUACAUUUUAAAAUUCAGAACUUAAUUUAGAUACAGGGAACAUUCUUCAUUAUCCUUUGCCCAGCAACCUGAACCAUUUGAUGUCUCUUUUCCUUUCUAGCUGCAAAUGUGAACCUGCUUAAAUACUUCAGAGAGUUUCAGUAGAACUUUGCUAAGCUCCUUUAUUCUUGCACUUCAUUUUAAACCCAAAAAUGGUUCUUCCCUAAUUCUCAACAAAAAUGUA